AUGGCCGACACAUUACCGAGCACCGCGGCCGAUAAUGCCGUUCGCGCGUCCGCGAAACGAACGCGCGAGAUAUUCGCCGCCGAUACGCUCCAAUAUCCUUCCACAGGCCUCGACAGCACGCGUGUGUCGACGCGAAUACACCAAGAAUACCACCAUGUGCAGGAAUUACCAGCUGCGCUGGCAGCAAAGAUGGCCACAGCGGCGACAACAGCUGCGGAAAAGAGGAGGAAGAUAAAGAACGCAAACGCAGAGGAACAGUCAUCAGAUCCAACGAUGCGCAAGAUGAUCGCAGCAUCGUCGGAGAAGGCAGAAAAAGCGAAAGAGGCACAGACGAUGGCGCUGACAGUGCGAUCGGGUAAAGGCGCCGCACCGAACGCACAUGGGCCCACGCCGAUGCGCGAUACCCCGUCCACUGCUUUGGUGCGGAAGGACACUGUUAGAGCGGUGAAGCCAGAUUGGCAUGCGCCAUGGAAACCGUUCAGAGUGAUCAGUGGCCACAUGGGAUGGGUGCGCUCGCUCGCAGUCGAGCCGGACAACCAGUGGUUUGCUAGUGGAGCCGCCGACAGGACUAUCAAGAUCUGGGAUCUGGCCACUGGUACAUUGAAGCUGACAUUGACCGGUCACAUUAGUGCCGUUCGAGGCCUGGCUGUUUCUCCUAGACACCCAUAUCUGUUUUCUUGCGGCGAGGACAAAAUGGUAAAGUGCUGGGAUCUCGAGACGAACAAGGUCAUCCGACAUUACCACGGCCACUUGAGCGGAGUGUACAGCCUCAGCCUACAUCCCACGCUCGAUGUGCUUGUCACCGGAGGACGCGAUGGUGUCGCCAGAGUGUGGGAUAUGCGAACACGCACCAACAUCCACGUCAUGGGCGGCCACAAAGGCACCAUUUCUGACCUGCAGUGCCAGGAAGUCGAUCCUCAAGUUAUCACAGGCUCCAUGGACUCUACUAUCCGACUAUGGGAUUUGGCCGCAAACAAGACUAUGGCUGUCUUGACCCACCACAAGAAAGCCGUGCGAGCACUUACCAUCCAUCCUUCUGAGUUCACGUUCGCAUCUGGAUCUGCUCAGUCAAUAAAGCAGUUCAAGUGUCCUGAAGGUGCCUUCAUGCAGAACUUCAAUGGCCACAACUCAAUCAUCAAUACGCUCUCCGUCAACGAAGACAAUGUUAUGUUUUCAGGUGGCGACGACGGAACAGUAUCUUUCUGGGACUGGAAGACGGGACACCGCUUCCAGCAAACCGAUUCAAUUGCCCAGCCUGGCUCACUGGACGCUGAAGCGGGCAUUAUGUGCUCUACGUUCGAUAAGACCGGUCUUCGUCUGAUCACAGGUGAAUCAGACAAGUCGAUCAAGCUCUGGAAGCAGGAUGACAGCGCAACCGAGGAUUCGCAUCCGCUCGACUGGAAACCCACGCUCGGCCGCCAGAAGUUUUAA